UAGCGUAUUCGACUGGCUUCACCAGUGCGAAUUAAUUCGAAUUUUUGUAGUGCUAAAUGACAUAAUUAGCUCGAAUUAAUUCGAACUGGUGCAGCCAGUCGAAUACGCUAUUAUUGAAUUGAUUAAAAAAUUCUGUUUCGUUAGAAUUCGUAAUGAUAUAAUUUUAUUACUUGUCAAUUGCAGUGAAGUUCAGUUCACUGCUUGUUAACGCUUGCGCUGCCCUUGGCCUAUUAACCCACGUAAACCAGUGAAGGGUGAUGGGGUUGGUAGAAGAGAUCCUGUAGUCCCACCCCUUGAGCCUGGAUCUGUCUAUUUUCAGAAUCUAUUCCAACGAAAUACCCGUUGAGCUUGAAUUAUUGGCAGAAUCAACGACUGAUAGACAAGGUCCCUUUCCCAAUUCUGGUUUGUUGUUAACCUAUUUCGUGCUCAGAUCUGCUAGUAGCGCAUUAGGAUAAGCGUCUUUGCGUUGGAAACACCUACCAUAAUGCUGUACCCGCUCAAGUUAAUUUUAAUUCAACGGAAAACAACUAUUUUAAUUCUCCUUUAUUGCAGUCAAGAACAUUUAAAUUGGUGAAUGAUUAUUUCUUCAGAAUGAAUUUGCGUUGGUUUGCUAAUAUUGUUGUGCACCAUCCUUUAGCUAUAAUAUUAGCUGUCACUGUUUUUUCUGUUACCUGCCUGCUGAUACCAUUUGCAAGAAAGUCUAGCUCUUUUCCAAAUUUUUCUGAACCUCAGUUGGGCUUUUCUACUAGAGGUACAGUUAUUGCAAAUAGACUUACUACUUGGGACAAUUUGGUUGAAUCAACUAGACCAUCUGGCCAAUUUGCAGUAAACCCCAAAGAGCUUCUUCUACUUCAGAAUCUAAGUUUAACUCUGAAACAUGUGAAAAGAAGAAAGGAUCCCAAGAAAAAAAAGUCAAAAAUAGAAUAUGGAGAUGUAUUAAUAAAUGAGAAAAAAAAUAACAAUACUGAUAAUAAUUAUGAUAAUUGGAUAGAAAUCAGAAAAAUGACUAAUGCUAGUUUUAUGUUGAAAACCAAAGUGAAAAAAGACGAAGGAUAUUUCUGUGGAAAUCCAGAUGAGAAAUAUGCACACAUUGUUAUUAAAUCCAGGAAUAACAGAAAUCUGUUUGAUUUAUCUUCACUGAUGACAUUGUGUCGGCUCGAAAAUGAGUUAUCCAAUGCACAAAACUUUUCUGAUUUAUGUGUUCAAAAUACAAAGACUUCGAAAUGCUGCAAACCUUGGUCCAUAGGAAAUUACAUAGCUGUAUUGAAUAAUAGAACUUCUUGCUUAGGAGUGAAUGAAGAAGAUGUGAACUCUACAAUUGCAUUACUAAGUAAAUGUGCCAAAUAUUAUUUUAGUUUGAAACUGGUGCCAGACUGUUAUGGGAGAAAGUUUCUCUGUAAAGCACCUAAAGAGUGUGUGAAUCAUGAUGCUAUUUACAAUAUAUUAAAUUUUUUAACUGCUACUGAUUUCAUAUCACAAAAUAAUACUUCAAUCGAGAAUAUUGAACUACAUGAAACAAUGUUAUUCAUGCCACUUGCUGGUAGCACAGCAAUACUACCAUAUUUUCAUACUGUAGAAAAUUUAAAACUGAAAUAUGAAGAUUUCGAAAUUGUAGCGAUGGAUUUUGGCAUCAAAAGUUUCUUAUUUGACGAGUAUUUAAUUCAUGAUAUGUGGCUUAUGUUACUGGGCACAGUUUUUAUUCUUUUCUGUAUGUGGUUAUAUACCAGAUCUUUAUUCCUGACCAUUGCGACAAUAAUUGGAAUAAUAUUUUCAUUAGGAAUUUCUUAUUUUUUCUACGUACUUAUUUUUAAACUGAAGUUCUUUCCAUUUAUGAAUCUACUUGCUAUAAUAGUGGCCAUAGGCAUUGGUUCAGACGAUGCUUUUAUUUUUUGCAAAAUUUGGUCAAAAAUAAAGGAGGAGGAAAAAGACGAACCAUUGGUUCAUUUAUUGACUGAUACAUUCCAUCAUGCAUUUGUCUCUAUAUUUGUCACUACUAUAACGACAACUGUAGCAUUCAUGGCAUCUUAUAUAAGCACUGUGACGGCUGUGUGCUGUUUCAGUAUAUUUGCAGGAACAGCAGUGAUAAUAAAUUUUGUACUGAUGGUCACAUGGUUCCCAGCCUGUGUUAUAGUUUGGGAAAAGUCCUGUUACAUGCCAAGCAGUGUAUCACAAAAUUUUAUAAUUGCUUCUGUACGUCGAAGUUGUUCAAAAAUCCUCUCGCCAAUAUUGAAACUAUUUGCGAAUUGGCCUACAUGCUCUACUAUCAGUAAACUAUGGUGCUCAAAGGAGAAAUAUCUAUUGAACUGUGUUAUUAAUCUUAGAUACAUAUGGAUUACGAUAUUAUUUGGAAUUGCAGCUGGAAGUAUUGUGAUAGUAUUAUAUAACCCUAAACUGGAGCUACCUGAUUCGCAAGAUUUUCAAUUAUUUGCUAGUUCUCAUCCUUUUGAACAAUAUGAUUUCAUAUACAAAAAUCAUUUCUGGUUUCAUAGGGAAUCUCUCAAUUCUGAUUCGAACUAUGAAUUACCACUUCGAUUUGUCUGGGGAGUCCUUCCUGUGGACAACGGAGACUACCUAGAUCCCACAAAUCUUGGGACACUAGAACUUGAUCCCACUUUCAACAUGUCCGAUCCUAGUUCGCAGGUAUGGCUGUUGAAAUUUUGCAAAACCCUGAAAAGAGAACCAUUCUUUCGUGCUAUGAUGGGCCCUUUACUCCCAAAUUGUUUCAUUGAGACUUUUUUGAAGUCAAUGCAAAGAACGUGUUCAGAUUUUAUGUCAGGGAAAGAUCGUAGUCCAUGUUGCAAAUCGUCCAAGUUUCCAUUUGAUCCAGAAGUUUUUGAAAAAUGCAUUAUACAGGAAAUGGCCGAUAUUUAUGAAACACCUUCACAGUUUCUUAUUCCAGGAUUAGCUGGCCCUAAAUUUUCAAAAGACCAAAAUCCGACAAUAAAAGUUGUUGUAGUUGAGUACAUGAGUAAUUAUAGUUAUUCCAUGUCCUAUGAUGUUAUGAACGAAUUUUUUAAUCGAGUAGAAAAUUGGAUGCAAGAACAAUUGAAAACAGCUCCUAAAGGAAUGGGAAGGGGUUGGUUUGUUAGUGAACUGAGAUUCUAUGAUUUACAGAAGGAAUUAGCAUCGAGUACUAUUUAUGGUAUAAUGUUGUCAAUGGGCUUAGCUUUAGCAGUUUUAUUAUUCUCGACUCUGAAUAUUUUGAUAAGUUUCUACGCAAUUUUAACAAUCACCUGCAGCAUAUUUGUUACCAUUGCUAUUCUAGUCCUGUUGGGUUGGAAAUUGAAUAUAUUAGAAUCGGUUGCUAUUUCUACUGCUAUUGGUCUGGCUGUAGAUUUCAGUUUACACUACAGUGUUAAUUAUAGAUUGUGUCCAAUGGGUUUGGUCAAUAACAGGCAGGCUGCAACUAGUUUUGCCCUGUCCAACAUGGCUGGACCUGCGCUAAUGGCUGCUAUAACCACAGGUGCAGCCGGUGCUUGCAUGUUACCAUCCCUUAUAUUACCCUACAUACAAAUAGGCAUCUUCCUAGUAAUUGUUAUGAGUGUUAGUUGGUUGUACGCCACAUUCUUCUUGGGAUCUUUAUUUGCGACAAUAGGACCCCAAAACCACUUUGGUCAAUUUUCGUAUUCCAAUUUGUGUCAAACCUUCAAAGGGAAUCCUUCUAGAGAUAGAACCCGAAGUCAACCCACAAAUUCUUCUAUAUCAGAUACUCAUGAAUUAGAGAUGCUGACUGAUCAAUCCUUGAAAACCAUUUCCCAGUCUUUACAGAAAUCUUCUAAGGGUAAUGGUGCUAACCCUAAUAGGGGUCUUUCAGAUCAGUCGCCAUCAGCUACUAGUGCAAUUACUAUUGUAAUGGCCGAUGAAAACUGACUGUAUUGUAUUAGAAGUGUGUUCUGUGAUACUUGUAUAAUUAUAUAAGUCUGUGUUUUAUUUUUCUAGAUAUUUUUUUUUGUAUGCAAAUACAAAUUUUAUCAGUAUAGAUUAGUAUAUUUAUGUAAUUAAAAAUGAUCAUGUGAUGUAAA